GGUUGAGCCGCUAUUUAUCCCUAUAAGGUAAUUGAAGACUAGUUGACUUUCUCAAGCGUAUUUAUCUCAAUCGUAAAACUAAAACUCCCACAAUGACUGUCUUCACCGUUCGCGACAAGAAGGACUCACUCCAAUCUGAUGAUUGGGAAGUCGUCCAUUCACCAUCAAAAAGAAACGGCACUGCGGCACAGACAAGCAAUAAAUCAAUCAGCGCUAUGAAAGAGGAAACACGGCAAUACACCAUUAUCACUACGAGUCUGCUCAUUCCCGGCGCAGGAACUCCCAUCAAGAAUGCAGUACUCGUCAUUGAGGACAAGCUGAUAGCCUGGGUCGGUCGAUUAUCUGAGCUUCCCAAAAAGUUUAGUGAGACUUCGCAUCGCUCCGUAUCAGUGCCGUAUCUCAUGCCUGGACUCUGGGACAGCCAUGUUCAUUUCGCAGCGAUACCUGACGAUGCCACUAGUAAUGCCGCCAUGCUGAUAACACAUCCAGCCGAGCAAGGCGCCCGGCUGGCCAAGGGAUGCUGGCAGUGGCUGCAGUGGGGAUACACUUCAGUGCGCGACAUGGGUGGGUUCGGAUGCGAGGUUGCGCGCGCCAUCGAUGAUGGAAGUAUUGUUGGGCCCAACAUUUAUAGCUCCGGCGGUGGCCUGACCCAGAUCGGCGGACACGGCGAUUACCACGACUUACCGGCAGGCAUGAUCAUGAAAAACAUGAGCGUGGCAAAUAUUCUGCCAGGCCACUACGGCACUGAGUGCUUUACUGUGGCGGAUGGGAUAGAAGAAUGCCGACGGGCAGUACGACUGAACAUCCGCCGUGGUGCGCGAUGUAUCAAAGUCAUAGCGUCCGGCGGAGUCGGGUCGCUCAACGAUGAUGUAUCCUGCGCUCAAUACAGCUCAGAAGAAUUGAGGUGUAUUGUAGAGGAGGCGUCUCGUCAGAAUAUUGCUGUUGGUGCACAUGCACAUGCGAAAGCUGGAAUAGUGGCGGCGGUCAAUGCCGGAGUGACAACCAUUGAGCAUGGAUCCUUUGCGGAUCGAGAGACUUUAGAAGUGAUCAAGAACAAAGGUGUUGUUCUUAUUGCCACAAGAACAAUUACCGAGCUGCUCAUGUCCACUAGGGGCGAAGGACUUCCCCAACAGAUCUGGGAAAAGAUUAACUUGGUGGCAACUGCGAACAGAGACAGCUAUGCUAUGGCUGUCAAAAUGGGUCUUAAAAUUGCGCUAGGCACAGAUCGAACCCCAGGUUUCAGUUCUUCCAAAGAGCUCGAGUAUGCUGUCGAUGCCGGGAUGAGUAAUCUAGAGGCUAUUGAGGCUGCCACUGCUAACGGGCCACUAACUGUUGGAUUAAAAGCUCCAAAAUCGGGCCAGCUAAAAGUGGGCUACGAGGCCGACAUAAUCGGACUCCAGGAGAAUCCAGUCGAUGAUGUCAAGAUCUUACAGAAUAUAGACAAUAUCAAGUGGGUGUGGAAAGCAGGCUUAGCCUUCAAGGGACCGGGAAUCGGGCCAUGGGGAGAAGAACUCUAAAAGUUCGGGCCAAACGGUAGUAGCGAUUUUCCAGAUCCUGCAGUACCGUAACGCGGUGGAUUCCCAAAGUAGGAUGGCAAACAUCACGAUGGGUUGGUGUAUCCGAUGCGCCAUGGGAGAUCUUAGUCACCCUUCAUGGUUCGGCACUCUAACGCUC